ACUUCUAGUUUUAUAUAUUUUUAUCAAUAUUUGUAUAUUAUAUCUUUUGAUGGGACAGUGCAACUAUAUAUUUUUAUACAUCUAUCAAUACCGUAAACACUAAAGCUUUCCUCGGAAUCUCCGAAUGACGAAGAAGAAGCUCACCCCUUUGGAAGAUCCACCGACGGCAUCUUCAACCGACGACGAUCAAGUCGAGGCCUUGUCCGGAGACGAUGAAAAAGAACAGAUCUCCGACGAUUCUUCCUCUGACCAUCUCAUGAAUCCAGUCGCCAUCCCGUCCGCGAAGAGAUCCAAAUCUGAGAAGCCGAUCGCCGUCACCAAACCCAAGGCGGUGAAGAAGCGGCCGAUCGAAACGACCUCCGUCAGUGCAAAACGGGCCAGAAUUGCAGAGGAGGCGAAGAAACCGUCGUCGUUUCAGAGGCUGUGGAGCGAGGAAGAUGAGGUCUCUUUGCUUCAAGGUAUGAUCGAUUUCAAAGCUGAUUCGGGGAAGAGUCCGUACGAGGACAUGGAUAGGUUUUACGAACUCGCCAGCAAGUCGAUUAGCUUCGAGGCUAGUAAGAUCCAGUUCGUGGAUAAGAUUAGGUCUUUGAAGAGGAAGUAUAUGGGGAAAGCCAAGCACGGUGCUGAGUCCUUGACUAAAGCUCAUGAUAUUGACUGUUUGAAAUUGGCCACGUGUAUUUGGGGAUUGGCUCUCGAAUCUAAUUCGAGUGCGAAGAAGCUUGGUAAAGAAGAAGAAGAAGAAGUUGUGGCUCCUGAAUCUGCUAAUGGUGACAAAGUAGAAGAAGAUAGGGAGGUCUUGGUUAGUGGUGGCGAAAAGGAUAAGGAAGUGUUGAUUAAUGGAGGAGGAGCUUCCAAGUCUCAUGGUGUGAGAGCAGAUGACUGGUUUGAAGACUCGUUUCUUGUAGGAUCUAUUGCAGGUUUAGGUGUGAGUGAACAGUUUGUGAAACAGAAAUGGAGCAUGGUGACAGUGGAGACGAAGAAGAGGAUGGAAGAGAAGUGGAAGUUGUUGCAGGCCAAAGAAAUGGAACUGGUGCUGCACAAGACUGACUUUAUGCGUGAGAUAGGCUCUGUCAUUGCUGAAGCAUCUUAAGAAGAAGAAGCUAUUAGGUAUAUAAUGGUUUAUCGGUUAGAACAGAAACGGAGCAGGGUUGCUAUGUCUCUUUUGUUGUGUAAUUUAGGACUUCCCUUGUCUUCCUACUUAAGUUUCUGGUUUGCUAGUUGAUCUUGUGAACUCAUUUUUUGGAUUGUUGCUUGCUUAUGUACACGUAAGUAAGUUCUGCCAAAUUCGGGUAAUUAGCUACAAGACUUUCUUUUGUAAGACACGUUAGCCAACAUUAAGAUCUCGAGGUCUGUCUUAAACAGAUUUUACAGGCC